AUGUCUCUUACAGACAAAAGUAUUGAUGCGAUCUCAGAUCAGCUUUUUUUGCAAAAGAAGCCGAUCACAUACAAAGUUCUUUCACGAAAACUUGGGAUUUCCAAUCAUGAAUCAAAGUCUCUGCUUGAACAGUAUUACGAUAAGUACAAAGACGAGCGAGACGGGUUACAGCCUACGUAUAUCUUGAUAGGAAUGCAUCGGCAUGUGCAAGAUGAGGAAGAAAAUGGUGAUUAUGGGGAAGAUAGUGGAUCAAUACUUAUCAAGCUCUGCAGAAAGGUGGAACUUGAAGAUGCUAAGAAGCAGUUUUCAAAAAUGCAGUCAUGCUUCAUUUACUCUUUGAACGAUGGAGAUAUACCGUUGGACAAUAUAGUUGUUGCGAACGAAACAAUUUCUGAAGUUUCUUCUGACCAGAAAAUGACUUUUGGUCUUGAAACUCCUACGGCGGGAAAAUUAAGUCUAAAGGAGAAGGCUGAAAUAAUUUCCACGACAAAAGAUCUCGAGGUCAAAAAUGAAAUCGUGACGCAUAAGAAAUCUUCAAGCGUAAGUAAAAAGGUGGAGAAUGUUAAGAAGGAAAAACCUGAAAAGGAUCCAUUUGCAUUGUAUCAUUCUCGAAAGAAGGAGGUCGAGCAAAAGAGUAACGUUACUUUAGACAAGAUUCGGCAGGACGAUUUCGAGAAAAGUCACAGAAGGCAGAUGCCGGCUCGAAAGAAGGCAAAGGUCUUCAGUCAAAAAAGGCAACAGCAUGAGGAUGAACUCUCUAAGAUGUUUGCUGAUGAUGUAGAUGACAAGUCAGGUAACGAGGAUGGUGAUUCAAAAUCCAUUCCAAUUGAGGUUGAAGGAUUAGAUACUAAGCCAAGUGAAGUGAAAAAGGCAAGUACAGAACAGGAAGAUGCUUUAGAAGGAAAGGUGAUAAACGAUUUCUUGUCCAAUAGCACUCAAAAGACAGAAACUUCGAAAGAAGAUAACGCUGUUAAGACAUAUGUUGAUAAGGAUGGAUACAUGGUGGCAGUGAAGGAUAAUGACAAUAGUAAGGCUAACAGUAGAGCAUCUAGCCGCCCAAAGAGAAAGGCAGCAAAGGCAAAAAAUCAUGUGAUCAGCGAAAAGGGCUUAAGUAGAAAGCGUAAGAAAAAGAGUGCUUCAAAUCAGACAUCGUUAAUGUCGUUCUUUGGCAAGAAAAGGUAG